GAAAGGGGAGGGCAUCUCUGUACAGAAGACUUAAAUAGGGAUUCCUACAUGACGAGCACAUUGUACGUUGCAUGGAAGGUAUUCCACAGCUACCAAAGGCUUUGGCGCAUCAGGAGAGCUGAGCAUGAAGGGACUCCACCGGGGGACGGCCACUGCCCUGGCCUUACUGCUCUCUGCUUGUUUCAUCACUUUUUCCAGGACUGCUCCUCAGGAUCACUUCCAAAGAAGAAACUGGACUCCACAAGCAAUGCUCUAUUUAAAGGGUGCACAAGGCCGUCGGUUCAUCUCAGAGGAGAGCCAGAGGAAGGAUCUGUAUGACAGGCUGCAGCUAGAAACUCGGAGCCAAAACGCAAACCCUCUGACCCUUCCCGAAGCUGUGGCGUUGUUUCUGUCCUCCUUGCAAAAAGCACAUGAGGAAGCAGGUGAAGAGGAUGCUGAGGAGAAGCCUGGCUACGUUGCUGACGGGCUGCUGAACUGGUGAAAGGUGUUCGAGCUGAGAUGAAAACGUCCUAUUGCAUGUACUUAAAAAAAGAAAAAAGAAAAUAUCUUCCAUAGAAGAAGAAGAAAACUCAACUUUUCCCAUUCAUCUCGUCCGCCUGCCUGGCCUCAGCUGCCCUCUGAAUUGCCCUGUGGCAUAAAUGCUAAACAAUGAAAGGGCACUUUCCAGCUUAGAAACCUAUUUUUUACAUGCAUUUGUUAUUAUAAUGUUCAGCUCAUACUAUAUAUAUCAUGGGCCUUCUGUAUGCGUCAUGUAUUUCCUCCCCUAUCCCCACCCUUUGGUUUUGCAAAUAUCUGAAAGAUAAAAGCUGAAAAUGACUUGGUCACGCGUGUCUAGGUAAGUAAGACACGGAAACGGAAGUGAUGAAAGCUGGAUAUUUGUAACAAAAUAGUAUUUCAUCCCUAGGGGUCAGUUGCCCAGUUAGCUCUUAUUUCCUCUCCAGUAGUUGCCAAUUUUGGAUGGCGCAGGCUUGUGUCUACACAACAUGUGUAGGCUUGGUUUAUACAAAUUCAAUUGCCAUGGUGUCUCCCAAAGAAUAGUGGGAAAUGUGGUUUGGUGUGCGCGCUGAGCGUUCUCCGUUAGAGAUCCCUUGCCCGUCUUACAAAACUACAGUUCCCAAGGUUCUCUGGGCUGAGAGAAUGACUGUUAAACCAAAUAAAGCUCUCAAGUGUAUGAAUAUGUGUGUUUGUGUCUCUGUGUGUAGACACACACACACACACAUCACCACAGCAUUGACCUUACAGGGUGUAUAUCUGUGCUGUGGAUUCUGGAGUAG